UUGGUAUGUCCACAAAAUUGUACAAUCCAACCGACCCCUUUCCUCCCCCGUUUAUAUAUCCCCACUCACGUUGAUUUUGUAGAGAUCUUCUGCAGUACAACUACAAAUGAAACCCACCAAGCAAGAACCAGGUGAACUGCACCAGUAUAUUCUCAUUAUGUAUAUAUGUCAUUGGGUGGUAUAUACACAACUUUGACCCAGAACAGGAUCACAGAAGACUUCAUGUGUAUAAGUUCAGGGUGACCCAUAUUUUCUAAAUCCCAAUGGUGGUAGUUUGGUAAGGUUCAAUGGUUGUAGUUUAUUUGGGGUUCAAUGGUGGUAGUUAUUUUUUUGAGGCCUAUUGAUGCUAGAUUUAUUUCUAAGGCUUAGUGGUGGUAACUUGUUAUGGCCUAAUGGUGUUGCUGUUCUGGUGAAGUUGCAUUGAGGCCUGAGAAUGAGCAAGACGACUUAGUUUAGUAGGAGGAGAGUCAGAGGAGGGAAGCCAAAUGAAGGAAUCCAGUUCGCAGGAAGCUCAGUCCCAGUUAGUGGGGCAGAAUCAUCAGUUGAAGCCUAGGUCAAGUGCAAUUGAGAAAGAGAAGACCAAGUUGAGGGAAAGGCACAGGAGAUCCAUUACUACCAAGAUUUUCAAUGGUUUGAGAAAGUAUGGGGGCUAUAACCUUCCUCCUAGGGCUGAUAUCAAUGAUGUAUUGAGGGCUCUGGCAGGUGAAGCAGGGUGGAUUGUUGAGCCAGAUGGGACAACUUAUAGGGCACAGGGAAUGCCUCAGGCUUCAGGUAAUCACAGCAUUUCUCCAAUGCGACAUAGUGCAGUUGUGAAAGCUUCGUUGACACCCUCAAGCAGCUUUGGAGCAGGUAGCAUGGGAGGCUUCAAUUGCUCAAUUCCUGGAAUGAUUACAGAUAAUAUUGACGUGAGAGGUGGGGAUUGUUCAACUACGGCUUCUCCUCGUCAUAUGGGAAUACAACAGCUUUCAAACAACUCAUCUCUUUCUCUUCUGCCAAGCUCAGCUCUGUCCUCUCCAUUUGCUUCUCCUGCCUCCAGUGAAGGAGCGCAAGGUCAGUUGGCUACCAAUUUCAUUCCUGGAAUGUCAUGUGGUUUUCUUCCCAUGUGUGGAAGAGAAAGAGAUUUGUCUUUGAUGAAAGAUGAUGUUACUACUGCUUAUUUCAGUGCCGAUACACUUGAAGCUAGGGGUUACCUGCCUAUGGGUGGAAGGGAAAGAGAUUUGUCUUUGAUGAAAGAGGAUGUUACUACUGCUUAUUUCAGUGCUGAUACGCUUGAAGCUAGGGAGUUUAUGACAAGCAGGGAUACAAUUGAAUCUAAGGAGAUAAUAUCAAACAGGGCUAAUGUUAUCCCUAAUUCUAACCUAUUUAAUUAUGCUAAUCUAUCUGGUGUAAGGUAUGGGAUGAGAAGUGUGUUGCCUUCUGUCAUGAUGCUUUCCCCACAGCAUCCUUUCCUCCAGGAAGCCCGAGCCUCAAAUCAGAAUACCCCCAUUGGUUCACCUCAGCGGCAUGGAGGAAUUGGUUGAUCUAGUUUGUUCCCGUAGAAUCUGACUUUUUUGACAAUAUCAAGCAGUCCCCUCAACUGUGCAUUUUGCAAUUGAACAAAAUGGUCUGGUCUGACUUUCUUAAUAUCCUUAACAAUUUUUUCAUGUAAUAUGCUCUGAUUUCUUUGUCAGUGUAUCCCUGGGGUAGUUAUGGUGUGAGAGAGCAAAUUACCUGGCUAUUCCUGCCAGGUUUGGGGGACUAGAAGUGCCUUUUCCCGUUUUGAUUUUUUGAUUGUACUUUAAGCUCACUAUAGGGUAUAGGGUAUACAGUCUACCUUUCCCCCUUCAUAUGAAGUUCUUAAUGGAAAGCUAACAAGUUCCUAUAAUUUCCGGGGCUGGAUUGUCUAAGCAUUUGCCAAAUGGUUCCAAAAAUGUUCGAGAUGGAAGAUGCCGUUGAAUCACUCCUAACGCAUUAUAUUACCAUAGAUGCAAGAGCUUAACAUGUUCUAACUAUUAUAAACAAAUUGUCAGUUUGAAGAAUGGAGCAAUAUAUUUGAAAUAUAAUGCUAUUUAAGAAUUCUGGGAAAUUGUAAUCUUUUUCCUCUGUUCCCAUUAUCUCAGUGUUACAGGUUGUGAAAAGAUUUAUGUCAAGAAACUACCUUUCUGAUUA